GGCGGCUUCAGCUCCGGCCACGGCACCGCCACCGGCUGCGGGCCCGGCUCCGGCUCCGGCCCCGGGAGGAGGCGCCGAGCAGGAACCAGUGGUAUAUGAAGAUGGAACCAUGAAGAGAAAGCAGAAGGAAUAAUAAUAAUGCUUUUCCGAAACCGUUUUCUGUUCUUGCUGGCCUUGGCAGCCUUGUUGGCCUUCCUGAGCCUCAGUCUGCAAUUCUUGCAUUUAAUACCAGUAAACCCCGUCAGGGAAGAUGGGCUGAAUCCCAAGAGCCGGAAGAGAAUAAUGCCUGAUCUGCUGACAGAGCCUCCUGCCAUAGACCCUGUUUAUGAAGCUCAUGUUUACUGCAAUAUUCCCACCAUUGCUGAACGCAGCAUGGAAGGUCAUGCACCUCAUUAUUUUAAGCUGGUGUCAGUUCAGGUGUUGAUUCGACAUGGUGAUAGGUAUCCGCUCUAUGCCAUUCCCAAGACAAAGAGACCUGACAUUGACUGUAUGUUGGUGCCCAGCAGGAAACCUUCUCAUCCUCAGCUUGAAGCUUUCAUUAAACACAUGUCCAGAGGGUCUGCAGCCCAAAUGGAUGGUUCCCUGAGCAGCCUCCCUCGCUACCCCAGCCAUUCUCUGUGUGAGAUGGGAGAGCUUACACAGACAGGGGUUGUACAACACUUGAGGAACGGACAACAAUUACGAGAAAUUUAUAUAAACAAACAUAAACUGCUUCCCAGUGACUGGACAGCAAAACAGCUCUACUUGGAGACAACAGGGAAGAGUCGAACCCUGCAGAGUGCACUGGCCCUGCUCUACACCUUUCUGCCAGAUUUUGACUGGAAAAAAAUUACCAUGAGGCAUCAGUGGAGCACCAUUUUCUGCUCUGGAAGCUGCGACUGCCCCAUGAGAAACCACUACCUAGAGGAGGAGCAGCGCAGGCAGUACAGUUUGCGGGUGAAGAACAACGAUUUGGAGAAAAUAUACGUGGAUAUGGCAAAGAUUGUGGGCAUUCCCACCAGGCAGCUGAGGGCUUCUAACCCCAUAGAUUCUCUCCUGUGCUAUUUUUGUCACAAUGUCACUUUUCCGUGUACCAAAACUGGCUGCAUCGGUAUGGAACACUUCAAAGUAAUCAAGAGACAUCAGCUGGAGGAUGAGAGAGAAAGACAGGAAAAGAAACUUUAUUUCUUGUACGCCCUGUUGGCCACUCAUCCUUUCCUCAACCAGACUGUUAAUCGGCUGCAACGUAUCGCUGAAGGCAAGAAAGAAGAAGUGUUUGUUCUCUACUCUGCACAUGACGUCACACUGUCACCUGUUCUCAGUGCCUUGGGCAUUACAGAGGCCAGAUUUCCUAGGUUUGCUGCCAGGUUGGUUUUUGAGCUGUGGCAGGAUGGGAAGAGACCCAAGGAACACUUCAUCCGCAUCCUGUACAACGGUGCUGACGUUACAUUCCAGACCUCCUUCUGCAAGGAUCAUUACAAACGUUCCAGCAAGCCAAUGUGCCCACUAGGAAAAUUUGUCAACUUUGUCAAGAGGGAUAUGUUCUUGAUUUUUAACAGCACGAGUUACUAUGAUGCUUGUCGGAGGAGAGCGCUGUAGGGAGGGAGAGUGGAAAGGAAGGCAACGUUAACUUGUCGCAGUGAAAUCUGUUUUCUGGUUGAGGCACAGCUCAGUUUUGUUAUUUCUUGUACUUGUGUGUGUAAGUACAGAAGGAUAUUGCUUGAAACGUUCUUCAGAUGGUUUCAUUUUCGUUCAGACUGCAGAUGGUCUUCAGUAGAAGGACAAAUACGGAGUGUGACAUACGUGUGUGCUCACAAAUGUUGUUAAUUGUAAUGAUAAAUCACAUGGGCUACUGUAACCUGGACAUGGCUUGAUAAAGAGUGAGAGAGCAUAGACCUUGUGUCUCUGUAUUCCAGAGCAAUACUUGGAUACCAUAGGUUUAAAACCAAAAGUUCUUUUUUUUUUUUUUUUUUUCACCACCAUCUCACAGUCAUUUUAAGCAGUUUGUGUCAGGGUCUUGUAUGAAUUCCAGGCAUCUGCAUUAAGGCAUUUGUAAGGAAUUUUUGAAUUUCCUUAUUCAGAAGAAGCCUUUUAAUGUUAUGGGGCACGUCUUUAAAGCCAAGUGCAUGUGUGUGUCUGUGCAUUCUUACCUGAGCAUGUACCAAUGAGUGUGUGCCUUGUUGACCUCACAGACCUUUAAACACCUGGCUACUGUUGCCAGUGCCAGAGAAGGAUGCACUGGAAAAUGGAUACAGAACUCUAUUCUUUGAUUGCACUUUCAGCACUUUGAAUAGUUCAAACACAGUCUAGAAAUAUGUAAAGGUGUUGUGACAUUAAAAUAGAUAGCAAACACUAGCAGUGCCACUGAACCUGAGUGGGACAUUAGGAUUAGAAAUCAGUUUUAUGGUGAAGUGUUGGGCUCUUUCCCAUUGUGAACGUGUUCAAGCUGUUGUGCUAUGGAACAAAUCAGUGGUUUAGGAAUUUGCUGUGGUGACUGCUUGAGACAGCUUGAUUAAAUACUGAGAAAAUUUUGUAGCUGAGUUAGUAUUUUUAUGGACUAGGAAGCUCUUAUUUUAUAAGACCAGACUUGUACAUAUUGUACUGUGUAUAUUUAUAACACAGUAGGUUUUUCUUACUUGUUUAGUUUGUAAAGACUUGUGAGGUUCACUUUUUAGACAUGUUUUCCCCCUCGAUUGGGAUGUUUAGACUCGAGAAUAAACUGUAGUUUAUGGGUAAUUUGAACAAUGAGUAGAUAUGAAAACUUGUACUUCAGACUGCUUUCAUCUCUGUAGGAGUAGUCAAUUGAGAACCGAUUUUUAAUAGAAUUCAUAGAAAUUUUAUAAUGGUGGAGGGUUUUUACACCUCUAGAAAUAAAUUAGUCUGUGACUUGUGAUUCAAUGGUGCUAGUUUAUCAAAGAAAACAUAACUCAGCAUUAAGUUCUCUGACUAUUGGCAUUCCGCUCUUUUUUCAAUGCUGCAUUUGAACAUAUUUCUUUAAAUAAAAUUCUGGGGACUCUUUGUA